AUGAAGAUCUCGGCGAUGCUCUUAUUCUAUCUUUUGCAGUAUUUCCCUCUUCUUUUUGUCUAUCCAAAGCGGUUCGCUUUCUCUCUCUUUUUUUAUUUUUAUUUUUCUCUGAGUCUCUUCGGGAUCAAGUCCGGGCGCGAAAGCUCAAACCGAAUGGUGGCCGCGUUGAUGGGCGCACGAGUGGCGGGCGCACGUGGGGAAUGCAGGUAG